AUGUUUGAAGAUUCCCUUGGUAGUAAUUCAAAAGAUAGAAUCGAUGAACAGAAUGAACUAAAAAGUGAGCGUGACCAAUAUCUUAAGAAUUAUCUUGAGAUUCAUACUAAAAAUUAUGAACUGGAACAAAAAUUUAAACAACUUGAAAAACUUGUUGAGAGCAAACUUGAAGAAAUUCCUAAAAAAAAUUCUUUAUUAAAUAAAAUUUUCAAACCAUUUCGUACACAAAACACGGAAUCCACUAAGAAUUUGCUGCUGCAAAUAGAGAAUUAUAACCUUGAAAAAAAGCUCGAAGAAAUUUCCAAACAAUAUCAACAACUUUGUGAAAAAUAUAACAAUGAUUCCAAAAAGAGUUCAAAGAUACAAAAUGAAAUUUCUGAACUUGAAAAAAAUAAUUCAAUCCUACAAAAAGAAAGUUCUAAACUUCAAAAAUUCAAAAGUAGUUUGUCAAAUAAAAAAAUUUCGCUGCAAAAAGAAAAUUUUAAACUCCAAGCUAAGCUCAGGGAAAAUUCCAAAAAAUAUAAACAAUCCGAAGAUAAUUUGACAAGACUUCGUAAUGAAUAUUUCAAAAAGAAUUCAAUGCUGCAACAAGAAAAUUCUAAACUCGAAGAGAAGUUCAGAGAAAAUUCCGAAAAAUAUGAACAAUACAAAGUAGGACUCGAAGAAUUGCGUAAAGAAAAAUCUUUGCACGAAAAAACGGUCAGAGAAAUUUCCGAAAAACUUAGACAAUCCGAAACAAGGCUUCGCGAACUUGAGGAAUGUUCCAAUGAAAAUUCUGCGCUCAAAGAAAUUUCCGAAACAUACGAACGAUCCAAAUUAGGACUCGAAGAGUUGCGUAAAGAAAAAUCUAACCUCGAAGAAACGCUCGCAGGAAUUUCCGAAAAACAUAGACAAUCCGAAGAUACUUUGACAAAACUUCGUAGCAAACUUGAGGAAUGUUCCAAUGGAAAAUCCGAACUUCAAGAAAAGUUCGAAAAACUUUCCAAAAAAUGUGAACAAUCCAAAGAAGAACUCGAAGAGUUGCGUAAAGAAAAAUCUUUGCACGAAAAAACGGUCAGAGAAAUUUCCGAAAAACAUAGACAAUCCGAAACAAGACUUCGUAGCGAACUUGAUGAAUGUUCCAAUGAAAAUUCUGCGCUCAAAGAAAAACUCAAAGAAAUUUCCGAAACAUACGAACGAUCCAAAUUAGGACUCGAAGAGUUGCGUAAAGAAAAAUCUAAACUCGAAGAAACGCUCGCAGAAAUUUCCGAAACAUAUGAACGAUCCAAAUUAGGACUCGAAGAGUUGCGUAAAGAAAAAUCUUACCUCAAAGAAACGCUCGCAGGAAUUUCCGAAAAACAUAGACAAUCCGAAGAUACUUUGACAAAACUUCGUAGCGAACAUGAGGAAUGUUCCAAUGGAAAAUCUAAACUUCAAGAAAAGUUUGAAAAUAUUUCCAAAAAAUGUGAACAAUCCAAAGAACAACUCGAAGAGUUGCAUAAGGAAAAAUCUUUGCUCGAAGUAACGAUCAGAAAAAUUACCGAAAAUCAUAAACUAGAUUUAGAAAGAUUUGUAAUUCAAAAUGAAGUGAAAUAUGAAGACGUAUUGAAUAAGUUGUCGCAAAAAGAUUCCAAAAUUCAUGAACUUCAGCAAAAAUUUGAUGAAACUAACAAGGAGAUAAAAGAUCUUAAGAAUGUAUUGGACAACAAAGAAAAAGAAAAGAGAGAACUUUUAGAGAAAAAUAGUAAACUUAAAACGGAAGCGUCUAAAUAUCAAGCCGCACUUGGUAAUGUGACAACUUUUCGGAUGAAUGAUGAUGAUAAAAACCACUCGGUUCAACUUGUAAAUGAUAUUUUAUCAUUACGGGACAUGUUGAAAACUUACGUCACAUCAUUAAAAGGUAAAAUAGAAAUCGAUACUUGCGAGAUUAACAAGCUUUUGAGAGAGCAUAAUAUCAAACCCACAAAACAAAUCGAUUAUUCGUUAAUUAAAGCGGUAUUGCAGUUCCAUACUUUAAUGAAAAUAAUGGAGAAUGUGAAAAUCUUUUUUAAGAAUUUUAGCAAUUCUUCAUCGGCAUUACAUCUUGAAGCAGAUAUCAUGUCCAAGGCAAAAACGUUGGAAGAAAGAUUAGUUGAAUUCUCUAAAACUCGAAAUGAAAAAGACUCGGUAACCCAAACAACCUCAAUAAAAAUACGACAAGAAGUUAAUAUCGCUCUUAGUAAUCGAGGAUUUUCGGACGUUUUAAUUGGGAAUGACGUUCCGCGAGAGCACGAUUUCAUUAGUGAUUAUAAAGAUAUUUUAAAUGAAGAAAUGAAUAAGUAUCGUAUAAUUAAAGAUCCGGCAAAGAAAAAAACCAUCGAGAAUUUGGCGCCGAAACUCAUCCGAGAAGUUAUUAGAUUAAUUUGGUUUCGGUUACAAAUUCAAGAGCCUGUUGCUCAAAUUGAAUGGGUACCCGUGGGUUCCGACAUAGAUCCAAACGUUAUGGAGGGAAUCUGGGACAGCGAAGAUAUUGAGCAUCUAGAAGUGGAAGUUUGUACUUUUCCGAUGAUUGGUCGAGAUUUGAAUAAUUUGGAGAAACGUGUAAUUUAUACUCAUGCUCAGGUAUUUACAAGAAACAAAUCUAUGAUGACGAAAACUUUAAAAAUGUUUGGAAUGCAAUAA